CGGCUCUCGCAGUCGCAGGCGGCGCCACGCCAUGGCCCACGGACGCACGCGGUUCGGCUCCAACAUGCGCUAGCUCCGAGCUCGCAACCAAUCCAACAAUUGCGAACCCUCGCCGCCGGUUGCCAGCCGCAGCUCAUCACCCCCAACGCUUUCCUCGAACUUCGACCCCCUCGUUGUACAUCGCGACGACGCCAGAGUAAAAGAGUCGGAUCUUCCUCAGGCGUGAGUUGGGGCUCAGAUGCCGCCGCCGCCACGGCCGCCGCCUCCAAAGAACCGGGCGGAGAAGGAGCACGGAGUGGUGACGAGGGGAUUCUCUCGCGCUCACGGCGGGGUGGAGACGAGGAGGGGAUAUUCUCGCCCUCGCCGAGAUAGGGCUGGUAGGCAAGAACCCUCUCGCCCUCACGGCGGGGCGAGCAAAGAGGCAGAUGAAGCAUAGAGUGCAAUUCAAGGGCUGAAUCUGAACGAACUUGAGAAAAAAUUGGAGGAUGAAGCUGAGCGAGCAAUUCAACAGCUGAAUCGACUUGGCUUGGGAGAGGAAAUCAGCCAUGACCAGUAUCUUACCUACCUUGAACGCCUGCCAUGUCCAUCUGCUUAUGUUGACACUUCUGCUGAACUGAAUGAUACUCAGCUUCUUGAUCUCGAGAUACGUCUCGCACUUCACCGUCUCAAGUAUGCGAAGGGUCAAGAUAAUAAUAAAUGGAAAAGAAACUGCCACCCAUACUUUCUUGAGAGGAAUUUCGAGUGCUUUGAGUGGGAAGGUGACAGCAAGUUGUUAGGCCUUCUUGAGGACCAAGGGUUCUUUAAACACUUUGAGAAAGAUGGCACAAUGGACUGGUUCUUCCAUCCGGAGUCCGACAGGCUUGCUGGUUUGGAUGAUUACCAACGCAUCGUUCCUUUCAAUCAUGUAUGUUUUUUUUAUAUAUCAAUAGAUAAGUAGUACUGCAGUUUUCAUUUUUUUUUUCAUGUUGUUAAUGUAGCCAAAUUGCAACUAGUAAUCGGUGAGUAAAUAAAACAGAUCAGAUAUCAUCGGUGUAGAUGCAAAUAAGUUCAUAAACUUCCAAAACGAACAUUUAGAUCCAUAAACUUGUAUAUGUUAAAAGGUGGUUUAACUAUGCUAUGUCCUACAUGUGUCAAUAGUUGUGCAUGUGGUGUCAGCAUGUUGUCCAUGUCACAUACUUUCUUUUCCAUUCAGAGAUUAAGAAACGUUGGUGCCUUGAGCUUAAGUUGGUUUGGACCAUGGUUAUGUCACUGCACCCACAACCAUCCACCGAUUCUCAUCCACUCCAUAUGCAAGCACACACAAAUGUCAAUAGAACUGAAAGUCGUCUAGGUUGCCUAGCUCUGGCCGCCGGCCCCAUGACCAGCCACCUUAGAGCUUCCUUUCUUUUCCUCUCUCACGCUCUCCUCCUGCUUUCUCUCUCUCGAAACGUGGCGGCGGACCGUAGCGAUGCACGCCGGAGGAGGAAGACGGCACCGUCGCAGGCCCUCUCGCCGGCGUGCGCGCUCGCCUGUGCAUGAGCGCGUCGCCGUCGAGCGGCCUUGUGGCCGUGCCCUGUGCCCGGGCGCCCGGGUCGCCGGUCCGAGCGGCGGCUCGGUUCUUUCUGCGCGACGGCGGUCGCGCGCCGGCGUGGCGGCGCCUCUAGUGUCUUUCCCGUGCGGUGGUGGCCGGCGGUGGUGGUAGGCGCAGGUACACGCUCUUUGCCCUUUUCUUGCUAGGGUUGGGGUUAGGGUUUCGAGUCUGUUUUUUUCUCGAUCCAAGAUCAAGUUCUUCUAUUUUCUUUCGAUUCGUGACGAAUCCAAACUUUCCCCGUCUCGAUCUACUCACUAGAUCGGCUCUGGUACCAUUGUUAGACUCUUUGGAUCAACUAGCAGUAGAUCUAGAGGGAUUUCAUUGUACUUUCUUUACACAUUACAAGAGAUCCUUGAUCUGAAACUAAUGGGAGAUGGGAUAGAGGGUGGAGGACCUUCUCCAGUGGAACUAGACCCGCUCGCCAUCUCCUGUUCCUCAGCAACGAUCCGCUCUAGGGCGGCGACGGGUGGUGCAGUGGUCGCCGCGAGUUGCCGGUGUCGUACAGGAUGGCGGCGGCGGCAUGACCCUCGGUGGCGUCCGGCGUCGAAGACGUCCUCGCUGUGGCGAGGAUGUUGGCGUCGGUGGACUUCCCGCCGCAGCAGCACCCCUCUCUAGAUCGGGUUAGGAUUUGGACGGUGGGAACUGUAGCAGCGGCGAACCUCGUUAAACGAACCACUAGUCCCCACCUCCUCUUUAUAGGGCUACGCGACAGGGGCCCACCAGCCUCAUCUUGGGCUGGGCGUCCCCGAUCAGGACGCGAGUCAAGGUUCGGCCCAGUCGUUGGACUGGCCCGGUGGAGAUCAAUCUAACAUCUCCUUUAUGUAAAAAAAAAGAUGCUUAUGCUAAGUAUAGAUGGCCAAACGUGCAGCUCGACCCAGCACUAACACUACUUGGCACGACAUUACUCGGCACUAAGCUUUAGUCGUGCCGUGUCGUGCCGGCUCCUUGGCCCAGACACGACACGACUAGGGUUUAGUCGUGCCGUGCCGGCCUGCCGGCACAAGUAGCCCACCGUGUUGUGCCGGCCUGCCGCCUGGCGGCCUCCACUGCUGAUGCGUCGCCGUUGCUGAAGGUCAAGGGGGCGCGGGGAGGCCACGGCGGCACCUCGCUGUAGGAGAGGGAGGACAGACUAGGGUUGAAGAGAGGUGGGAGGUAUAUAUAUGAGUGGUUGUGAGCUGGACGCGUGCCAGCACCGCGGCGGUCGUCAGUCGUGUCAUGCUCGUGCCGACACUGUGUGCUGGGGUUUCGACCCACGCACUACACUACGGCCGUACCGUGCUGGCACUGGCGCUAAACCCACCGUGUCGAGUCGUGUUCGUGUCAUGUUUUUUAGUGUCGUUUUCCAUGCAGCCCAUCCGACACGGCCCAUUUGACCAUCUAUAAUGCUAAGUAUUGGUAAUAUUAAGUCGAUUAGCUUCUGAAUUUUAGUGGCAUUAUAUUUUAAGAUGUUUGUAUGGCGUCGCCUAGGCGUCCGCCCGCCUUACUCGCCUAGGCGUCCUAAGAGGUUGCUCGUCUCACCUCGCCUUACCGCCUUUUAAUCAAUAAAAUUUCUCAUGCUAGGAGUAGUAGCAAUGAACAUUGGGGGAUUGUGGAGAGAAAAAAAUUGGAGGAGAGAGGCAUUCAAUGUCAAUCCAUAGGUUGUGCUCCUCCUUAUUACAAAAAAAAAAUGCUUCUGUAGUCCCUCAGGUUUGCUCUAAAAAUCAAUACUUCAAGUUUCUAAUGUUCCGUGAAUAUGCUCUAACUUGAACUUUAGCUAGAUUUGUAAACCAUGAAGCUUGUAGCAACUAGCACCCAGCAACAUUCUACAUCUUCUUUUCCACUAAUAGCAUGUAGCAGCAAUAUCCCAUAGCAGCCUAGUCCUCUCAUGCCCCUAACCGUUACUCAAAUGAAAGCCUUUGGAAAACGAUUUCUUGGGCAUCUUGUAAACAUCUUGCAAGUUUGAUGACCUAAAUGUCAAAUUUUCCAAGUUUUUGAAUUUAUUUGCAGCCAACUCACAAGUUUGUGUACUUGUGAUUCAUUUUUUCAGUUCCACCAAAUUUAUUGGGAAGGAUGUUAGGGUUUAUGACCGCCUCUGAAUCAAUUCUUCAAAGAAAAAAGUUGUUCGAUUUAUUUUGCGAUGAACCUACAUCUACUUUUGAUGAAUACUAUUGCAAAUGAUCUAUAGUUUAGGGUGGUUUUGAGUAUGUCGACUGGAAGGAAUACCGCAACUACUAACUACUUUGAUAGCUAUGAGAUUGAGAACGAAUGUCAGCUACUGUGAAGAACUCUCAGAGAAGCUUAAGUGGAUGGAAGAUUUUGUAUUCAUUAAGCUACCACCUCUUGUGUGGCAGCGAAUAUUUACCAGGGGCGCUUACCAAGCAACUAAAAUUGCUACUGGUUUCUCGAAGAUAAACUGGAGUCUAGCUUCUACCGGCUACCAUGAGUUUCUGGAUGACUUGAGUUUUGAUGUUGGCUGGUUUAAAGAUUUGGAUGAUAUUUAUUUUAAGAUUUGGCAGUUGAUGACUAAGCAAAAUAUGGGUUUUAGAGAUUCUUUGGAUGGAGUUUAUAAAUCAAAUAACUAUCCACUGCGCCAACCUAGAAUGAAGUACGCACUGGACACUGACUGCUCCAAAAUGGAAAAGAAGUUUUGUACUUGCACUGAAGGAAUUACUGGGGAAGUUAUGGAUGAUGAAAAGGCUCAUGAAUUGAUUGCGGAGGCAGUUAAAAACCUGAGAGAAAAACCCAAGUUCUAUGUGCACUACAUCAGAAGGAAGAUAGACAUUGCCCGGGAUAUUGGACUGAUUCCAUAGUGCUGGAUUAGUAAGGAUGUUCAGCAAACUUGUGCUGGUUCGUGAGUCCAGUCUGUCCUUUUUAUCUGGUUGCUACAUAUAGCUGCAGCAUGUUGCUGUAUAUUCUCCAAUGAGAUGUCUUUUCACAACUUUGCAAGUUGGCAGCACAACUUAAAAUUAUUUAUGUUUGAUCUGCUGAGAUGUCA